AUGAAAAAACCCGAAGACAUGACAGAAGUGUGUGUGUGUUUUUUUUUUUGUUUCUCUUUUUUUCUUUUAUUCCUUACGUAUUUUCCGUUUCCUUCUCAAAUUGUUUGUUCGCUUUCGUCUCUUUGUCUUCUUCUCUUUUGUUUUUAUUUUUCUGUUGUUGUUGUUUUCGAUCCUCUUCCUGCCAUUUCCUUCCCAUCUUCUUUUAGUCUUUGGUUCGCUCUCACUCUUUCCGAGCGUUCUUCUUCAGAAAAUAUUCUCCAGAUUUUCAGCAGAUUUUCAGAUUGUUCUUCUUCUUCUUUGUCUUCCUCUGAGUUUUCACUUGCCUAUUUCUUGUUUAUAGCACUGCUUUUUUCUAUUUCAGUCCCUAAUCCUCUUGUUCGUGUUCUUCUUCUUCUUCUUCUUCAUUUCCCGUUUCCGGCCCUUACUUCUCCACAUCCACUUCUUAUUCCUCCUACUCCUUCAUUUUCAUUCUUCUUCUUCUUCUUCUUCUUCUUCUUCUUCUUCUUCUUUUUCUUCUUCUUCUUCUUCUUCUUCUUCUUCUUCUCCACCUACACUUCUUAUUCCUCCUCAUCCUUUUUCCUUAUCAUCAUCUUUAUUCUUCGUCUUCCCUCCUUCUACUUCUUGCACUCGCUCUUCUUCUUCGUCUUUUUCUUUUUCUUCUUCUUUUUCUUCUUCUUCUUCUUCCUCAUUUUCUUCUACGUUAUUUUCUGUCGCUACCAUUUCUGCCGCUUUCAAUCAUUAACAUGA